AUGCAUGAAGUGUUACAAACAUUACUUAAGUACGAUAAGGCUGUAACCAAUGUUGAAAAAUUGAAGAAGGAACUAAAGGAAAUUUACACAGCAGUAAGUUGCUAUCGACGAUUUAAAAGGCAACAUCGAUCUGCUGAAACAUCGAGUAUUCAACAAGAACCUCUAAGCAAGACGUCACAUGGGAAACAACUGAAAUUUGACAAUCAAGUCGUGGGAGAACCUACCAAAUGUGUUUCCUAUAUUUCCACUCCUACCGGUGAUACAAAUCUUGUCAGUCCUUUGCCGCAGUACUACAAUGGUCCACUACAACUUGUUUACAACGCAUUUGGUUUGCCUGCUCAGCCUAGUAUAUCAACUGGUCAAAUAUUAUCUCGACAUCUGUACCCCAGGUCACUAAACCUUCCCGCGAGAAAAAUUCGUUAAACAAAACCAAUACGAACGUUACAAUAACAGUGGAAUAUCCUAGUAAGACUGUCAAUAAAACCCUCACAUCAGAGUUCGAAGGUAUUGGAAAAGCAAUAGUCCAUGGUCCUCCUUCGAGAAUUGCCAAGGCAGUUUUUAAAUGCGAAUCCAUCAGAACGCUUGUGAUUGAACAGGUGUUGCGUGCUGUUUCCAACGAAGUGGACAACUUGUGUUCUAAAAGAGAUCCCUCCCUGUUAAGAAAAAAUGAAAAGGAUGACCUUAUAAACUAUGAUAUGCUUAAAUUGUGUGAAGAAUGGAAAAGAAGAGCCCCAAUAUUUUAUGCAUUCCUUUUAACAUGUAGUACCUCAAAACGUCACAUUCAUCAUAGUACAUGGUUCCCAAGUAUUGCCGUAUCAGGAUCUAUACUCUUGAAGCAGCGUAAUAACCAUAUGAGUGCAACAGCCAUUGUCAUUGGAUUACUUUUGAAAACAAAGUCUAUCGAGGUAUGAACUUGGAUUUUUAUAUGUAUAUUAUAAAUAUUUUGUUUUAUGCAUAUCAGAGUUUGGCUAUAAAUCUUUUUUAAUAUCUUCACCCUAUAUAUCUACUAUUCUACUGUACCAUUCGCUCUGGAUAAAAACAAUUUCAGGAUGUGUUACUGUAUUAGUGUAUCUGCACUCCUGUUCAUAUAACUAUAAGAAUAUUUUUUAAAACACAAGCUAGGUUGCACAAAGAGAGCCCCCCAAUUAAAGUCCCUAAUAAUGUUCUACAUGUACAGUAUAUUCCUACUCCUAGCCUGGAUCACAUGGUGUUAUAUUACUAGCCUGUAGCAGAGAGUACAGGCAUAAAACUUAUGAUCCUGCUGGGUAAUCGUUCCAUGUUUCGCGCACCAAUAUAGUAAACGUUAUGUAAUGGAUAUUAUAGUGUACUGAAAAGUUCACUAGAUACCUCCAUACACAUAUAACACACCCUAACCCUAACCCCAACUUUAAACCUAACCCCUAACCUUAAUACCUAACCUAUAUUGGUGCGCGAAACAUGGAUAAACCUAACCCCUAACCUUAAUACCUAACCUAUAUUGGUGCGUGAAACAUGGAAUGAUAACCGCCUGCUUUUUAACAUGACUGAACAAUGUUUUGCUGAACAAUAUUGUUGAAUCUGAAUCCGGGUGUAACAAUGUUGUUCAAUAUUGUUGACAGCUGUGAAUAAUGUGAGUAAACAUGGUUCAAUCCUGUUUUCAUAAUUUAUCCUUCGCUAAUUGCACAGUCAAACAGCAGCAUUUUUACCUCAGUUUGUAUCCUCAUCUGUGAUAUUAAAUCUGAGUUGCAUAUCUAAGUUAAGCUUUCUAAAACUGGAUUUUGUUUUUUUUUGUUAUAGGCAACCCUGAACAGAUUUAGUAAGUUGAAGCUUGCUACAUCAAAUUAUCGUACCUUAUUAAAGCUAGAAGCAAUUGGCCAGUCUCAUGAUAUCCGUCUGCAUGAAGUCAAGGACAUAAUAGUCAAUGAACAUAAAGCAAUAGAGAAGAAAAAACAGGAAGUUAAUGAGUUGAAAACAAUUUUGGCUGAGCAAGACGUGGAAUCUAAACAUGAUCAUCAGCAAGAAUCUGUUUCAUCUAAGCUUAAGAAAGCCGCCACUGAGUUGAAGGAUGCACAAAGAAAAUGUCACCCUGGUUUUUUGAUUGCUUUUGACAAUAUUGACUUUCAUCUGAAAAGAAGAAAUAUGACAAUGACAUCACAAAACAGGGACAUACACUGGGUAAAUCAUGUUAUGAUUGAGAAUAGGGUGUCUGGCAACCAUUUGUCAUCCAAAGGACCAAAAGCUGAUAUUUAUGAUAUACCAAACAUCAUUUUCCUUCCCAGUGUUGUUGAUCAAAGACAGCAGAGGCUCAAUUAUACUGUUCUGGUGUCGAGGAUAUUAUCUGACUAUUUUGAUGCAUUUGCUGAGUUCAAAGAUGUGUGUGUUAAACAUAUACCACAUAAAUACAGCAAAGAAAUGUCUGAAAAAUCAGAUAAGGUUAGUUCAAAACAAUGGUACUAAUUGGCACAUUGGAAGAUAUUAUCCAUUCUGUGGUGUUAGCUGGCAGGUGUCCGGUUGUUGAGUAAUGGGGGCAUCCAAGCCUGGGGCCCCUGGUAAAAUGACCACAAAAUUUUUGCCAGUACAUUUCCAAUAAAUUGAAUAAUGAAAAACAGUUAAUAAAAUACAUGAAUUAAUUAUUACAACAAGGAUACUUCUCAUAUACCUUUUUAACCUAGGAUUUUCAUUGUUUCAAAAGAAAGGGCGGAAAAAGCUUUGGCACUGCAUUAGGGUUAAAGACUUUCACACAUAACAGGAGGGACGAAGCAAAAUGUUAGUGGGGUUUAACACUCUAUGAGAGGGGUUUUAGAGAGAUUCUAGGGGGGUUAAUCCCCCUCCCCCCAGUAAAUCCACCCCCAUGAUUAUUAGCAUUUUGAGUAUGCGCUACAAGAUGGUCUGGUUAAUUGAUAAAUUAAGUGAGUCGUUUCAUCUAAUUUAAGUAUAUCUCUUUUUGUAGACCCCACUGGGAAUCAUAUUUAAGAAUGAAAAUGUCAAUGACGAAAUGUUGUCAAUUUUGCAACAAUUUCAUAAAUAUCUUCCAGAUAUUGGGGAGGAUAAGUUUGAUGGGGAGUUAUUUGCUGGAGACCAGCUCACUGUUGAGAGAGCAGUAAAUAUAAUUUCUUCAGUUUCUAAUGGUUAUUCUGCAGAAGCAAGACUUGAAGGCAUGCAUUUUCAACUAGGUGAUUGGCAUGCAGCUGUCAAAUUCCUUGAUGUAAGUAUAAUGUAACCAUUAACUUUUAUAUGUAUAGGUAAUCAUGCGAUGGCGAGUACAAUUAGGGAUUAAUUGUAUGAGUGAUGUUUGGAAAUUUAGCCAAAAUUGGACAAGCCGCCGGGGCGAGUCCAAUUUGGCAAAUUUCCAAACAUCACGAGUACUAUUAAUCCCUAAUUGUACGAGCAACAUCACAUGAUUACUUGUUUAUUAUUAGGGAGUGGUCAUUAUUUAUGGGGAGGGGGGGAAUGGGAGGGGGGGGAAACGAAGUUUUACCCUUAUAAAUAGGGGGGGGGUAAAAAAAGUUUUAACACAGAGAAAGUGGGGGGGGGUCAAAAAAGUUUUUGAACUUAAAAGAAGACUCUGAAAAUGCUAUUUCCAAUGAUCUAGAGACUCAAAAUUUCCCUGCUCGGUGCCAACCAUGGUAGUGCCUUGCAAUUGUGGGAGUCGGGCCCACUAAGUUUAAGCUUCCUAACCCCUGAGUAACCCAGUUGUGGUAUUUACAUAAGCAUACCAUGAAACUACACUUAACUGAUCAGAUUCGGUCUAUCAAAGCACAAUGUAAUGCUGUAUAUCCAAAAAUCUACUUCAGAAAAUGCUCACAUUUCAGUUCUAAGGGUGGAAAAAUACAAAACAUUUUCUAGGGGAGAAUACCCCCAGACCCCUUAGUACAUACGAUACCACACCAAACUUUUUGUCACCAACAACCAUCUGUCAUCUCUCCACACUCAAUAUAGUAUGAUCCCUUUUUGUAGAUGCCCACCCCCCAGACAAGUUUUUAAAAAAACCCUGUGUUCAAAUCAUUUUGCUGUAUGAAGGUGGGCCAUGGGUUAGGAUUAUGGUAGGACAAAUGUUGCAUUGCAAAGUAGUAACACAUAAUAUAUAUUUUUUAAUCAUAUAUGGUUGAAUCAUAUUCACCAGGGUAAAACAUCAUGAGCUAGAUUAAACAGAUUGUCCUAAUAUCUAACUUUACCUGCAACACACACCUGUUUCAUUGCUGUUAAUUUUUCAAUCCACACUGGGGGGGGAUAACUUUACCUGCAACACACACCUGUUUCAUUGCUGUUAAUUUUUCAAUCCACACUGGGGGGGUCAGAAAAGUUUCUACUUUUGUGAGGGGGGAGGCACAAAAAGUUUGCCUUGUCUGGAGGGGGGGGGUCAAAAAAGUUUUCAAUCCUUAUUUUCCCCAUUUACCAACCCCCCUCCCCAUAAAUAAUGACCACCCCUUAGCAUGACAAAAUUGGAUACAUACUUCUCAAUGUCAACAUCAUAUUCUCUCGCCAAAGCUCAGUCCUGCCAGACUUUCAACCAAAAUUUCGUGCUUUUGUUUGUAUUUUCAUUUAAAUAGUUCUUUUGUUCAAGCAAAAUUUGGUGCUUUUGCGUUCGUAUUUUCAUCUAGUUCCUCCACGACAAUUUCAUGUCACAUUAAGUUUAAAAUACCUUUCCGCCAUUUUGUUUGUUUUGGGAAAAUCAUUAAUUGUACUGCAGUACAAUUAAUGAAAUAAUUGUACUCCUCUCAACCAAUCAGCAUCCAGUAAUUUUGUCAUGCUAAUAAUAAACAAUUUUAUACGGUGGUGGUUCUUACUAAUCAUUUUGCCCAACAUAUGAUACUGUACUUUUGAAAAAUCCCCCUAUAUGCAACAAACAAUUCUCUUUUAGAGAAUAAAGUCAGUAUCAAAUACAUUUAAUAUUAAUACACUUUAAUUUUACUUCCAUUUAUUAGUUAAUAUAUCGCAGAUUUUAUUCAACCAAAUCUGGAAGUGAUCAUUGUACCAUGUAUUCUGACAGAACCUUGAUUAAUCGUCGCAAUGUUACACAAGAUACUCACUCAAGCUAUCGGGCAAAUAGAGACUUUUUCCUACUUGUCUUGAAGUCUAGAAUUAUUGCUGCAGCAAUGAAUGUUCUUGGAUUGCAAUGCAAAAGCAGUCAACCAACAAUCUUCCAAAUACCGAAAGAUCUGUUGAAUUAUUCGAAGCUGGAGAAACAGAAGAUACUUCAUGAAGCUGCUGGUAUGGUUGUUGAUGCAUUUGUGUUUGACAAAGAGAAUAUAAGUGAAGCAAUUGAUCAAGUAAUAACAGCACAAGAAAAAACUGAAAUUACCAGGAGUCAGGAUUUAAAUGUUGAUGGACGAUUCCCUUGUAGAUUUGAAGGAUGUAAAAAAUCCUUUAAGUAUGAUGGUAAAAGCAGGAGAAAACAUGAACUGUCUCAUCAACCACUACCUAUUGUUCCAGAGUUACCUAGUCCAACAUCAAUAAUCCCAAGCACUUCAUAUAUAAGUGGUGAAAUGCACACAGAUGAUAUUUUUAAUUACAACUGUGCAGUGAUGACAGAUGGUUUACUAUUUUUGAAUUUUUUAGAUGCUACCUCUGAAGGGGAUGGAUUAAGAAUCUUGAGGCAAUACAAAUAUAUGCUUCUAUACUUCAAAGCAGACAAGCAACAUAGCACAAAGUAUGCUCUUGAAUGCUUAUAUCAGUUUUUCAUGGCAUUUGCCCUUCUUUCUCCUAGAGACAGUGAACGUUUCACCUGGAAUAGAACAGUAAAUAAUGCUGGUGGUCAUGGAAAUAAUAUUGCCCUGGAUUUAAAUGUUGAGCAUAGCAACAAUUAUAUCAAACAGGCAGUUAAGAAUGUUGGUCCAAAUUUGACUGACCAGGCAGUUAACCGCAUAUGUCAUGCAGAGCAAGGUCUAAAAAGUCUAACUACACAUAUCGAUAAAAGCAUCGAGCGAAUUUCUGGUUCAGGUAAACAUUCCUGUUGCUCUACACAACAGGAUUUGGAUGAGCUGUUAAAGAGAAUAGUUACUGCUGAUGUGUUCGUUGAGGACAGAAACCGUAUGUACACACAUUACUCAAAUUUUGAAAGAGAUUCUCUUAAGAAUUUGGACCACUCCAAACUGUACAAAUGGAUAAACAUUCACAAGGACAAUGUACAUGAUGGUAUUAAGGCACGAUAAUUGUAUUUCAUUAAUUAAGAUACAUAGUAAAUUAAUAUUAUGUACGAUAUAUAUUCAGACAUUCAGUGUACAGGUUGUUGCAGUGUUAUACCAAAUAAUACAGUAUAAAAAUACAAAUCAUAUGUAUGGUUCAAUUAUCCAAUUAGCUAUCUUUAUGCAAGUCCAGGUGAAAUGUCAUAUCAGGUUGGCUUGCGACUGGUAGAGCAAGUAGAGAUGGGGUAAAAAGUUUAUCUUACCUAUUAUAUCAUAACUACUUGCACUAUAUUUAUGGUUUUCAAACACUCUUGGGUCUGUUAUCAGUCAUUAAAACUUCAUUUUCUAGUAAUUCCAAUACGGCAUCAGGAAUAUCAUUAUUUGAAUGUUCAGAAGAUAUGCUGCUAGCAUCACUACAAUAUCCUGACAAUUCUUCUACUUCAAAGCUUUCACAUAAGAGGUCUAUAAAAUCAUCAUCCUUAAUUAUGGCAUCCCAUUCAGUGUUAAGUGAGAAGUCUAAUUCAUCAUCUGAAUCAUCAUAUGUUUCCAUAUCAAAGUUUGCUGUCUGUACUUCACUUGGCUCAAGAAUAUCCAUAAAUACUGAUUUGACAAAUGUAAGUAUCAUUUUUGCAUGUCUCGAAUGCCAAAUUUCAAUACGUUUAUAAACAUCAUCCAUAGUAAAAAGUUUAUUGCAAUUAUCUACCACUUGUGAAAUUUGCACAUCUGAAAAUCCAAUUAGAAGAGGAAGAUUUGUCAAUGUUUUUACAUGUCCUUGUGCAUGUUCAGACAAAAAUUUCAUAACCAACGAUUUGUGAUAAUUAGUUAACAGUUUUAACAGCUCUGUUUUUUGCUCCAUGGUCACAUUUCGUUCAGUACCUGGUGAAUCAUGAGAAGGCAAUACUGAUGAAUAUGUUAUCAGGUAUUUUCCACAAUCAGGCAAUCCACAUUUGCAUGCUUGAGCACAAUUAUCACAGCACAUAUGAGGUAUGACAGGUGUUGCAGUUUCAUCAUAAGAAAAAUGUUUCAGUAAACAUCUUCUUCUACAGUCUUUGAGUUUUACAUAUUCUUUAAUGUCUUGACAAACAUGAGUUAGGAGUAAACCAUGAUAUAAUAAGUAAGAUAAACUUUGGACCCCAUCUCUACCUGCCCUACCAGUCUCCUGAAUAAAUGCUUCAAUAUUUUUUGAUGGCCCAAAGUGGACCGUUCUGUGCACUCCUUUGCAAUCCACUCCCAUCCCAAAAGCAAUAGUAGCCACUAAAAUACGUAUUGCACCAUUUGCUUCUCUAAAUGACUUUAAUACAGCUUCUUUGUUACAAGAUGGGGAGCAUGAAUGAAGCAUUUCCAAAAUAACAUUUUUCCUAUCUCCAACCUUGUCAACAUACAAUCUGGUUCCCAACAUUUGCUUUAUUGUUGCAUACACAACACUACAUUGAUGUAUUGUUUGACAAUAAAUAAUUGUUCGUUCCAUUUUCAGUCCAUUAUCUUGUGCUUCCAUGACAAGCCAAGUAAAGUAUUGCUUUAUAUCAGCAUCCCGAGGAAUUUGUUUCACGACAUAGGUCAUAUUUGGUUUCUCAGGGCUCUCUGAUAUUUCAUGUGGUUUCUUCAUACCUAACAGAUCAACAAUGACAUCCUUGGUAUCCUUUGUAGCUGUGGCAGUUACACAAAUAAAGUUGACUGAGGUAUUAACAAGGGAUCGAAGUUCAUGUAGACGACCAUAGCAUUCUCUAAAUGGAGCCAAUUUGGAAGUAGUUGAAGUACCCCUUUAUAGAAAUGAUAAACAAAUAUUGUUAUUGAUAACACAGC